AUGGAUAAACCAGAUAUUAUUCAAGACUGUAGUUUAAAAAGAUCAAGGACAACUUCCAUUUCGCGUAGUGCCAAUAAUACAGAGGAUUUUUCAUCCGACGAAGAAUUUGAAGAAGUUGAAUUAUUUGUUGUUUCCAAAAGUUCAAGUCUUCAAAAAUUCCAACAAGAACAACACCAUCAAUCUCAACAACAAUUUACCAAUUCAUCUCCAUCUCCUUCUCCUACUCCUUCUGCUGAGGAAAAUAAUUUAAAUAAUAAUAAUUGUAAUAUUAAUAAUAUUAAUAAUAAUCCAACAACAAAUAAUAAUAUUAAUACUAAUACUAAUAGUCUUGGGCAACAAUGCUCGGGAAUGUCGACACCUAUGAAAAUGGAUCUUCGAUUGAUUAACCGAUCCAAUCAUCAUCACGAUAAUGAUAGUGUCGUUCAUGAACAAGAAUCGACGUCAGACUAUUUAUCAAGUAAUAACAACACACCACCUUCACCGACUGGUUCCAUGAUUAAAUCGAUUGUCAAACAGAUUAGUGACGAAAAACUAGUACUAGUAAAGUCGACGUUGAGUAAACCAUCGACGACCAUUGUUGACGAGCAACAAUUGACCAUCCAUUUAAACGAAACACCACUCUCUUCACCCGCAACCUCGUUUAUCGAGUAUUGCGAUUCAUCCAAUAUAGAUUCAACUUCAUCUCCUGUUUCAAGAGCAGGUUCCGAUUAUUCUCAACAUCACCAACAACAAAUUGUAAACAUUAAUAAUAAUAAUAAUAAUAAUAUAACACCAAAAACAGAAUUAACACAAAGACAAAUAUUAAUAAUAUUUUCUGGGUUAAUGGUAUCUCUAUCAUUAUCAUCUUUGGAUUUGACUAUUGUAGCUACUGCUCUGCCAGCCAUUGUAAAUGAUUUGGGUGGAUUUGACAAGUUGUCUUGGGUAGUGACUAUAUACCUGCUGACCAGUACUUCAUCUGCUCCACUAUUUGGCAAGUUUAGUGAUAUCUUUGGCUCCUUGUUGUGUGCCACAUCGUAUACUAUGACCAUGCUGAUUGCAGCACGUGCUAUCCAAGGUUUGGGAGGCGGUGGGUUAAUGUCGGCAGUCAUGAUUGUUAUGGCCGAGAUUGUACCACUCCGACAACGCGGUAAAUACCAAGGAUUGAUUGGCGCAGUCUAUGCAGUGUCAUCGGUUAUCGGACCAUUGAUUGGUGGUAGCUUUACCGAUAAUGUCACUUGGAGAUGGGCAUUCUGGAUCAAUCUACCACUCGGAGCCAUCGCACUAUGCGUCGUGUUUUUUGCAUUACGUCUUCCACAAGACGUCAUAUCGGUUCGUCAAGGAUUCAAAUGCAUCGAUUUCGUCGGUACCAUCUCAUUGGUUGUUAGUGUCAUUGGAUUCCUCCUCGCUCUCAGUUGGGGUGGUGUCAAUUACUCUUGGCAAUCACCUGUUAUCCUAUCUCUGUUUUUCGGUAUCUGUGCAGCUUUAUUCUUGGGUUCAUCAUGUUUGGCGUCAUCUACUAUGUACCCAUCUAUUUCCAAAUGGUCGAGGUACGACCCGCUCUACAAGGAGUACUUGGUCGACGCCUACGCAUCGGCCCUUGCACUUGUAUUCCUCACCGCCACACCCUUUGCCAUCCUCAGCUUUGUCCUCACCAUCUUUAUCAAGGCCACCAAGUUGAGAAACACCCUCUUUAGAAAGGAUGACGAAAAUAAUCUUGGACAAGGAGGUAUCAAGGAGACCGCAGCAACAACUAUGCCAAACACCCCUGCCAGCUCUUCCAUCACACCCAAUGAAGAUGACAUUAUAACCGAUCUCGAGAACCUUAAAGAUAUUGAAUGUGGUGGUGCAGGUGUAGGUGCUGAUACGAGCCAUAUUUUAAAACAAUUUGAUGAAGAUGAACUAACAACACCAAGAAAUCAAGACCACCAAGAUUCGACUUGUUACAUUGAUAUUAAUACACCUUUACACCAUCAUCCAAAUUUUGAAGAUACCAAUAAUAAUAAUUGUAAUGAUAGUUGUUUGGAAAAUUAA